GAGGGAGCAAGUGUGCAAGCAUAUUUAUAACAGUUAGCAGGGAAAAAGAAACACAUUAAAAUUCGUAAUUAUUUUAUUUUUCCAAUAAGUAUUUCGUGAAAAAAACAAAAUUUCACAUAUGUGUUAUCGAACUAUUUUGUUAAUUUGAAUUAAUUCAAUUUACUUAUGAUACUUGAGAAAUUCUAAUUUGAAAACUCGUAAGAAAAAUAUAUUAAGAAUAUUAAAAGUAUAUGCGUAGUGAUAUAAAAAAAAAUCAUGAUUAUUUUUCAAACUAUAUCUUCGGAGGCAUAUAAAAAGGAUCAUAAUAACUUCCAAAUCUAUUAUGAUUUUUAUGAUGCACCUUUUGGAAGAUGUAUUAUAGGUUUAACUGAUACCGAUAAAGCUAUAUUGCAUUUUGCAUUUGUUGUUAAGGAUGACACUGAUGCAGUGAAAGAUUUAGAAAAUGAAUGGCCUAUGUCAAAAAUAAUAAAAGAUUCUAUUCAAAUGAUAAGUAAUAUUAUGAAAGAUAUUCUUACUUUGAGCAAUGAAAAAGAAGAGAAAUCAAUAUUAGUACUUUUAAAGGGAACAAAUUUUCAAAUAGAAGUAUGGAAGGCUUUAAUGUCUAUACCAAAAGGUAAAACAACUACUUACGAACAGAUCGCUCAGUUAAUAAACAAACCAAAAGCUGUAAGAGCAGUUGCAACUGCUAUAGGAAAAAAUCGAAUAGCAUAUUUAAUACCAUGUCAUCGUGUUAUGGGAAAAAAUGGUAGCAGUAAAUAUAGUUGCGGAGUGAAAUACAAAGAAAGUAUUUUGUCCUAUGAAAGUAACACAUAUUAAUUUUUAUCAAUUAUAUAAUUUACUUAAUAAGACUAAAUUAUUUAUUAUUUAUUAUCCUUCAUUUUCAAUAAAUUUUACAAUAAAUUUUCAUUAAAAUACAAAUUUUUAUUAUCA